UUCACUCAUAAUAUUAAUUAUAUAUACAUGUGCAUAAUCGCAGAUACAGUUGAACAAUAAAUUUGGAGAGUCGCGCAGUGUGUUUUGUUUUCGCAUUUUCGCAUUUUUGCACGCCGGCCGACGGCAAACGCACCUGUAUAUACCUGUAUAUGCAAGUUGUUUUUUUUUUUUGAGCACGUCUAGCCAACACAGCCAACGGUAAACGGGUGCUAUAGUAUUUGUGUGUCCCAGUGUCAAGUGCGCGUACGUUCCAAUUGCGUUUCAUGUGUGCGCGUUCGCUGAGCAACUUUAUGGCGUGUUCCAUGGCCUGAGCAGCUGCCGCAGAGUGGGCCAUAAUGGUACUAGAGCAACAGCAUCAGCCAACGACAAGCGCUACGGAGAGCAAGAAGCUCAACAAUAUUAACAACAACAACAGCAACAAUAACAAUAACAACAACAAUAACAAUAGCAAUAAUAACAACAACAACAGCAGCGUCAACAACAACUUCAUCUUCAAGCAGGAGGACAACAACAGCUGCGAGCCAACGGAAUUCAAGCGACAAAGGACGAGUCACAGCUCGAGCCACCACAGUUCGAAUCACAGUUCGAGUCACAGUUCGAGUCACAGUCAUAGUCUGCACAGCCAUUUGGCCGCCACGCCGCCACAACUGCAGCAACGCCUGAGCGGCGCCUCCGCCACAGCAGCAGCAGCAGCCGCAGCAGCAGCCGCUGCCGCCGCCGCCUCUAACAGCAGCAGCAACAGCAGCAGCAGUGCUGUCACAAUGCCGUCGGAGGGACUGCAUCCGACGGCCGCUUUGCAGCUCUAUGCGGCCGCCGCCCAGCUGGCGCCCGGCGGGGUGCGCGUGCCGCCCUGGGGACCCUUUCUGCAGUUCGGAGUGCCCGGCGUAUUCGGACCGAACGGCCCGUUCCUGGGCCGGCCGCGCUUCGAGGCGUCGGCCGGCGGACAUCCCACCACAGCCGCUGCAGCUGCAGCCGCCACCCAAAUGGCGGCGGUCAAUGCGAGCAAUGCAUUCGCCAAUCUUACGGGCCUCAGCGCCGCGGCGCUCCGCAACGUCAGCGCCGCCCAAACAACAGCCGUGGCAGCGGUCGCCAGCACCGUGGCCACCAUCCAGCACCGGCUCAUGAUUGGCAACCGGCAGAGCCUGCCGCCGGCGGGGCCGCCCAGCGAGGGCUCCAAUGAGGAUGGCGGCUUCCCCGGCGAUGGGGACGACGACAGCAGCGCCGCGAAGCGUCGACGCUCACGCACAAACUUCAACUCGUGGCAGCUGGAGGAGCUGGAGCGCGCCUUCUCGGCCAGCCACUAUCCGGACAUCUUCAUGCGCGAGGCCCUGGCCAUGCGGCUCGACCUGAAGGAAUCGCGAGUUGCGGUAUGGUUCCAGAAUCGACGUGCCAAGGUGCGUAAGCGCGAGCACACCAAAAAGGGUCCCGGCCGGCCCGCCCACAACGCCCAGCCGCAGACGUGCAGCGGCGAACCGAUCCCUCCCAACGAGCUAAAGGCCAAGGAGCGAGCGCGACGGCGCAAGAAGCUGGCCAAGGCGAUCGACAGGCAGGCGCGCAAGCUGCAGGCGAAGGGGAUCACCGUCGACCUGGAGGCGCUCAAGGCCGAAUACAUAUCACAGCACAAGGCGAACGGCACGUUCUCCGACUCCGACCUGGAGGACGACGGCAUACAGAUCGAUGUGGUGGGCGGCACGGACAGCGACGACGAGCUGGACAGCGACGCAGUGAGUCCGCCCCGCAUGGGCGGCGGCCACCACCCACUCUCGCACUGCGACGGCGAUGGCGACAGCUCGCGCGCCGGCAGCUACAUUGGGGGCGGCGGCAGCCUGGGCAGUCCCAGCUCGGCGGCGCCAGCGACGCUGCACGGCAGCAAUGGGGCAGGCGGCGCUGGUGCUGCCGGCGGCGGAGGUGGUGGCGGUGGUGCUUGUGGUGCUGCUGGAGGUGGCAGCUAUAUGCACUCAGAGCAAUCCGAUGGCGGCGAGAUGGAUGAGCGCGAGUCGGCAUCGCCCAAGGCGCUGCUCUUUCCCGCCAAGGCAUUCCACCAACUGAACCUGCAGAGCACACAGCACAGCCACGGCCACAGCCACAGCGCUGCGGCAGCGACGGCGACGGCGGCAGCGGUCGCAGCAGCGGCCAAUCUCGUCCAUCAGACCUUGCCCAUCAGCAUGCGGCGCAGCAAUCCGUUCAGCAUCGAAUCGCUGCUCUUUAACAAUACGUGAGGCACUCCAGCUGACAACUGGAGCUGGCGCUGGAGCUGGAACUGGAGCUGCAACUGGAACUGGAACUGGAACUGGAGCUGGAUCUGAAUCUGAAUCUGGGCUGGUUCUGCUGCUUAGAGGGGGUCAGUUUAGAGGUUUUUGCUCUGUUUUUGAUUACAAUUUCCUCGUCAUUUGAAUUAUGAGUUCCUAAAUGUUUCUUCUUCUCCGUUUUGCUCAUUUUGCGUGUUUUUUGAUGUAUUUAGGGUUUUU